AUGGCACUCUCAGUGGCACGUCUCGUACAACGUGAUUACGGCGAUGUAGGUGGAGAUGCUGCAAACAAAGCAAAACUGGACGCGGCAAUGAUCAUCUUCUAUGUUCUAGUUACCUUUCAGAGUUUAUCCGUCUUUUUCUGGAUACUUGUUAAUACAUCUCAGCCGGUGAUGUUGGUGAGCAAACGGUCCGGAUUUGGGGCUUGGGGUCCCAAAACUGUUAGGAGAUACUUGAAUAAAACCAGAGACAAGUAUCGGAAGGACGGGUUGUUGCCCAACAACUGGAACUUGAUCACAUUCAAUGUUGGGUUGCUGGAGUCUGCAUCUCAGGAUGACCGUCUAUGUGGAGCAAGGGUGUUAGAUACUUUAGUCAUGCAAGGUAUAACUAUAAGACAAGAGCUACUGUCUUCUAGCCAAGCAAUUCAGAAUCUGAUCAACAUGAUUGGCCUGACAAGAACAGAUAACCACGAGACCAGAGAGCGUGCCGCAAGGAUUGUUGCGGAUCUAGGAAGUGAGCUAUGUAUAACCCAGUUUCCGGAUCUACUUCGAUGCAUAUGCUGCCUACUUGAAAGCUGCAACCAAUAUAUUAAGCCAGAAGUUGCCCAUCCAUUCGUCGAAAAAAAACAAGUCAAGUUGCCCAAGACAAAAUCAUUGAUCCAGAUCAUAAAAGUCGCGUACAAGACUAGAUUGCUUUUAGUUUUUGGAGAAGGGUACGAGUACUCCUAUGUAUCGAAAGGAACCAAAGACACCAUCUCUCAAGGCCUGCUGAUUCUUGAGAGGCUCACACAAGACGAAGACAACUGUAUAGAGAUAAUCAAACACCAAAGGCUCCUCUCUAAGAUCACAUUACCAUUAAGCUACCAGGACCUACCCAGCCAUGGAUGGGACCAUACAUGGGCUGAGAUGCUAAGCAGGUCACUCACAGUUGUGAGCAGGCUUAUCAGAGCUGGACCUACAGAUGACACCAUAAGGCUGCAACAUGCUAUGUCGCGCAACAUGGUAGCUGUCCGCAAUUUGAUGCGUAUUUUGGAGGUUGACAGUGAAGAUGCCUUCUCCGAACUACAUGGGCAAGCGAUAGAAAUUCUUACAGAGCUGGCCUUUGAUGAUUCUUUCAGAAAACUAGCUUUUGAUGAAUCUACAAGCAUGACUGAAAUGCUCGUCAAGACACUGGGGCGCAUCUCCCUUGAGGAUGGCAACAACAAUGGUAUAGUGGCAAAAGAAGAGGAAGAGAAAGACAAGAGAGUGAGGAGAAAAGCAGGGAAAGCACUGGCGAGAUUAUUGCUUCGCGUCCCAAGUGCAAGAGAUAAUAGUGUUGCAUUGACUUCUGCACCAAAUGUUAAUGAUAUUUAUCUACUUCCCAAACAAGACAUGGUCAAUCUGUUGACCAAGGUUGUUAAUCAAAUAUUAUCUAGUAAAGGAGAAAAGGCUGCAGAUGUGGUAAUGCUGGCUGGUCCAAGCAAUGGUUUUCAUGUAGAAAUGAUUGUAGAAAGCCAGCCUCCAAAAGGUUUUGAAUCUGACACUAGACAGCCUUCCAUUCAGGAAACUGAAGAACAAUCUGAGGACAGAAAAAUGCUUAUGUCCAUGCUAUCCCUCACCAUGGCGAUAUGCAAAAAAAAUGUGAUCAGCGGAGAUGAUUUUACCCGUGCCAUCCCUGAUGAUGCAGCACUCGUGAAGAAGCUCAAGGAGAUAGUAGAACUGCUUCAGGAUGCCACGACUGGCGGCUGGAGAAUUCUGAAGCUUGUUUGUCAGGUGGUUAUAGCAGUGGUUCAGCUCAAACCCAGCUGUACCAGAGAGUUCAACAGACAUAACUUCAAGGAGGCACUGUCCAAGGCUCUUGCUACCAUGUCGGAUGUUGAUAACUGCAUGAUAUUUGCUGGCAAUGACCGUGAGGUGCCUGUCAGGUCUCUCGCUUCUCUUGUGGAAGAGGCACAGGAGCUCUUUGCACAAGAGCAGGGUGACAUAAUCUCUACCUGA